GGGGCGACCGACAACCGCAGCGAACCCGGGGGCGGCGAGAGCAGGCGCCCGCCCGUCGUGGGGCGCGGGCGCUCCGCCGACGGCCUGCCGCGGCCAGCAGACUCCGGCCAGGGCGAGAGCCGCGCGCGGAGCCGCCGCAGGACGGACGGUCCCCGCUAUCGCGGACAAGGUGGAGCUGGAGCCCGUGACCAUCGUGAAGGGGGAGGCGGUGCAGGGCAGCCCACGGCCGACGCCGAAGGGCAGCCCGCGGCUGGCGCGCAGCCCGACGCUGGCGCCGGCGUCCGAGGGGUGUCAGGAGGCGCCGCGGCAGCAGCACGAGCCAGCGCCCCUCGCGGCAGCCAGACCGGCGCCGCUCCCGCAGGCCUCGCAGGACGGCGCGCCCCAGAGGCAGGCGCCUGCCGCCGCGGUGCGGGCCGACGCCGCCCACCGCAGCGGCAUGCCCCAGCAGGCGCGGCAGGCGCCUCGGAGAGCCGCGCCGCCUGGCCCCGCUGGCGGGGCCUGCCCAUCCGUCCUUCUCCAGGCUAGUUUCCCCGAGCUGGGCGCCCCGUCGCAGCCGCUCCAGGCGCCGCACCAUGCGACGAGCAGGAGCAGGAGCCAGAACCGCAGCCGGGACCGGGAGCACGCGAGGUCGAAGUCGCCGACGCCGCCGAGCACCGCGCUGCUGACGAUCACGGGCGGCGGUGGCGGCUGGCAGGGCGCGGCGCUGCCGCGGCGCCCGUCCCCCCACGGCAGCCCCCGCCGGGGCGCCGCCGCC